AAAAAGUGACAAAACACAAAAGUAAUUUUUAGAAAAUUUCUAAAAAUAACAAAUAAAAUCUAAUUACACAUUAUCAUGAGUUUAAUAUUCUUAAGAAAAGUUCCCAAAUUAACUUCACAAAAUAUACAACUAUGUAAAAAGUUACAAAUUUCUUUUAUUUCAACGCACAAUCGCAUUGAAAAAAACACCUCCCUCUCCUUUCGACAAUCCCUUCCAACCAAAUCAUCAUCAUCACUCCCGGUUACUGGUUUUACCAGACCAAUUCCCUGGCAGAGGGGAUUCAGUUCAACACGUCACCUUGGAACAUCAACUACAACAGCAGCUGUCCAGCCAAAGAAGAAAAAAAUGACAAAACUAACUGAAGCCGAACGAGUAUCCACACUCCUACCUCUCCUAGAUGCUGGCUGGUCGAUGGUUGCCGGGCGUGAUGCCAUUUACAAGGAGUUCCUAUUCGCUGAUUUUACUCAAGCUUUCAGCUUCAUGACAGCUGUUGCUCUGCUGGCAGAGAAAACAAAUCAUCAUCCCGAAUGGUUCAAUGUUUAUAAUAAGGUCCAAGUUACAAUGUCUACCCACGAUGUUGGCGGUUUAAGUGCAAAGGACAUUCGAGCUGCGAAUUUCAUGGAAUCCCAAGCAAAGAAGUUACUUUAAAACAAUAAUUUACGGUGCUUACUUUAUGCGUAUUUAUGUAUUUUAAAAUAAAAGUUUAAUAAUAAUAAAAAACAUAUAACAUUAUACUUA